GUCCGCUUCCCGCUUGAAGCCGGUCUCCAGGGCAGAUCUUCCGGGCAACUCGCCCUGUGAGAAAUUAUUAGAAAAUACUACAAUAAAACGACAAAAAACUUAAACAAAAGUGUCAAGUUGAAUGAAACGUCUCACGCUACCUACCGCAGACAGGUUCGCCCUUUCAGCUGGAAGUCACGGAGAGACAACCAACUAACGCAGAUCAUUCAUGGAAAGCCAUCUUCUAUAUUAAAAUGCCACUGCGGGCACAACACAAGGUUAAGAGAAGAGAGGGUUUUGAAACAAUUGACACGGUGCUGUGAAGGCCACCCCUGCACCUCAGCCAAGACUGACAUAUGUGUCCAAUGAUGGAUGCUGAGAUCUUCUAGAGACCUGCUUAACACCUACCAGAAAGACAAAUGAGGAGAAAUGACACAGGCAUCUUUUACAGGAAGAGCAGAAGCAGAGGCACCAGUGAACACUGAACACACGUCACAGUCAAUGAAGUGAGCCCCUGGAUGGAGUGACUCCCCAGGAAGAGAAAACGAGAGGCAGAGGAGGCUCCACCCCAAGAGAGUUGAAAGGCUAGAAGACCACAAAGAUGGAAAAGGCCAGCCCACUGAGGGAGGGAGGAAAAAGUGCUCCUGUUCCUCUGCCAUAAUUUCCUAUCAGGCUAUUCAGAAAACAUCACCAACAGCUUGGUCUGUGCGUGUGUGAGUGUCUAUGGGAGCGGAGCACACAGAGAGCAAGAGAGAGAGAGCCCGCCAGCGAGAGAGGCAGCGCCGCGCAGAGAGAGAGAGAGAGAGAGCGAGAGCAACAAAGGGGGAGGCUACAUUUUCUUUCACCUACCCCCCUCAAACCACAGGAAGGAGGGGCCAGACCCUAAGCUGCCAAUCAAAUCCGCUCGUGGCAGCCGGCAUUAUCUCAGCAACAAACUAUUGACAGAUUACAUGUCAAGGAGUUUAGUGCAUGAUUGAAGGAAGCCUUAUUUUAUCUAGUUACUUUUCCACUUUAUUCCUCCCUCCACCAACCAGCAUUCGAAUGACUUUCUGACAGAGUUGAGUAAUAUUAUGAAAGUUACAUGCCUGAGAGGAUUUAACUUCGACUUGGCUGAAUAUGCUGAAAGGAAUUUAUGCACUGAAACGACCUCAGGAAAAUCCAAGAUGGCCGCCAAAAGGAAAGGUGGCCUAAAACUCAAUGCUAUCUGUGCCAAGCUGAGCCGCCAGGUGGUGUUUGACAGCAGCUCCCAGAAUGCAGAGGGUGACCAGAGUGUAGCAGAGAACAGCGAGCGUGGCAGUUCCCACUACGAUGACAACGAGAACAACUUCCACGAGAGCCUCAGCCUAAGUCAGAGCCUGGAGGAGGACCAGAAGAGACGAGAGGCCAUCGAAAAGUGGGUCAACGGUGAGUACGGCGAUGAGCCGCCAGCUCCUGAGGACGAGCAGGAGCAUGAACUCAAAGUCAGCAAUGAUGAAGAUGGCCCUCCUGAGGGUGUGUACAUGGUACAGCCCAAAGGCUGCAGCGAUGAGGAAGACAACGCAGACGAGGCUGAACCCGAGGCCGGCUCUCAAGAUGGCAGUUACCAUGAGGACAAAGACAGUGAGGACAAGCCUCCAAAAAAUGAUUCCUUCAUGCCGCAAGGAGAGGCCCAAAGUCGCCAAGCACCUUUCGCCUCUCCAGGAGAAGCAUCUGCCCUGCGAGACUAUGCAGCUAAUACCAUGAAUGAGUUUUUGGGAAUGUUUGGCUAUGAUGACCAUCAGGUAAGGGAUGAGUUGACCAAGAAGAUUAGCUUUGAGAAGCUCAAAGCGGCUACCUCAGACCCCUCAUCCCUCAGUAGUGAGGAGGCUUCACGGCGUGCACGCUUCUCUAAGUAUGAAGAGUACAUUCGCAAGCUAAAAGCUGGUGAGACCCUUCCUUGGUCCAUGCAUGCUUCCCCGCCCAAACCAGACGACCUCAACGCAAAACUGGCCCAAGAAAAGAGCACUAACACGCUCCAGACCUCGGGCUGCAUCCCAGGGGCUGAGACCCAGAUCUACCCAUCCAGCCUGGACCACAAACAGCCAGGAGAACCUCAGCUGAGCACAUCUCAGCCAUCCAAUCCCACUCACAUGCAGAACAUGACAUCCCGAGCCUCCAAGUACGACUUCUUUAUUCAGAAGCUGAAGAUGGGCGAGAGUUUGCAGCAGCAGAAUGGUAACGCUUACAAGCGACCUUCCAAGUACGACCUGGAGAACGUCAGGUUUCUGCACCUCUUCAAGCCCGGGGAGGGCAACCCCAACAUGGGUGGCGCCAUCGCCUUUAAGACUGGCAAAGUGGGCCGCCCUUCAAAGUACGACAUCAGAACAAUUCAGAAAUUGAUGCCGGGAAAUCCUGAGGCCUCCAUGGCGCCCAACGUUCUUGCUACAGCACCAGGGAACCCGGGAGUUCCUGGGGUCCCAACAGCAGGUGCAGCCGGGGCCAGCAUCACUCCAGGGCUCACAAUGGACCAGACAGGACACAUGAGCUACAACACUCCUGACUACCUGAAGUCCAGCUUUUCCAAGACUGACUCCAUCACCACGGGAACAGUGUCCUCUGUCAAGAAUGGCCUGCCACCAGAUAAACCCGCUGGCGACGACAUCAACCUCUACCAGAAAUAUAUUGCCAGGUUCUCUGGUAGUCAACACUGUGGGCACGUGCACUGUGCCUACCAGUACAGGGAGCAUUACCACUGCAUGGACCCUGACUGUAACUACCAGGUGAGCAGGUUUACCAGUAAGCAGGACGUAAUCAGGCACUACAACAUGCACAAGAAGAGGGACAACUCUCUGCAGCACGGAUUCAUGCGCUUCAGCCCCCUAGACGACUGCAGCGUCUACUACCACGGCUGCCACCUCAAUGGAAAAAGCACCCAUUACCACUGCAUGCAGGUCGGCUGCAGUAAGGUGUACACCAGCACCUCUGACGUUAUGACUCACGAAAACUUCCACAAGAAGAACGCCCAGCUGAUCAACGAUGGCUUCCAGAGGUUUCGUGCCACUGAGGACUGUGGAACAGUGGGCUGUCAGUUUUACGGGCAGAAGACCACACACUUCCACUGCAGGCGCCCCGGCUGCACCUUCACCUUCAAAAACAAAUGUGACAUUGAGAAGCACAAGAGCUACCACAUCAAGGAUGAUGCCUAUGCCAAAGACGGCUUCAAAAAGUUCUACAAAUAUGAGGAGUGCAAGUACGAAGGCUGCGUGUACAGCAAAGCCACCAACCACUUCCACUGUAUCCGCUCAGGCUGCGGCUUCACCUUUACCUCCACUAGCCAGAUGACCUCCCACAAACGCAAACACGAACGCCGGCACAUCCGCUCCUCGGGUGUCAUGGGCCUCUCCUCCACCUUUCUGACACCCAAGGAUGAGCCAGAGGAUUCAAGCAACGAUGACCUGAUGGACUUCUCAGCCAUCAGCAGCAAGAACUCCAGCCUGAGUGCCUCGCCGACCACCCAACAGUCCACCACUGUGCCACACCUGCUGGCCACACCCACUACUGCUGUGUCCUCCUCCACAACUGGCCCAGUCCUCAAGCCUUCUCAUGCACUGGCCACUCCAGGUCAGCGGAUGCCCAGCCUGCUGUCCCAGGCCCUGCCCAGUAACAUGCCAGUGGCCCUCGCUCUGUCCAACAACCCCUUCUUUCCCCUCAUGGCACCCAGGCUACCUCUGCAACCACCUCCACAAGCUGCUAGCCUGAUCUCAGCUGCAUCCUCUGGGGCCCACUCCAUGCCCACAGACUCGCUCACCCAAGGAACCUCUACAGCAGGAGCGGACGGAAGCCUGGCAUCCACUCCAACCUCCUUUGCCACCUCCUCCCUCAUGGAGAAGAUCACAGCGAGUAAAGGCAUGAUAUCACCCAUGAUGGCCAGACUGGCAGCUGCUGCCCUGAAGCCCUCCAACAACACAGAUCCAGGGAACGGGCAGUCGGCUCCAGCCAGCCAGUUCAAUCUGGUUCAAGUGAAGCAGGAGCCAAUGGAAGGCAACUCUCAGGACUCCACACAAGAGCAUAGUCUGGACCUGAGCAAGAAAGACCACAGUAAUGAAUCAAACGGACACCCUGUACCAGGGAAUACAUCUCUUUUAUCCUCGCUUAUGAAUAAGAUGACACAGAUGAACCCCAUCCUCUUCAACACCAUGAACAUUAAGACAGAGCUGGAGCAAGGCCAGGCCAACAACACCUCAGAGGUAGCACAGUAUCUGAACAGAGUGCUGAAGAGGCCUGUUCAAGAAAAGCCCACCGAAAUCUGGAGGACUUACCUCCGCAGGUUUGACACAGAUGACUACUGUGAGACUCAGUGUGACUUUCUUCACAAAGUCCACUUUCACUGUAUGGUAGAGGACUGCGGCGCCCUCUUCAGCACCGUGGACGGAGCCAUAAAACAUGCAAACUUCCACCUCCGAGCCACCAUUAAAGUUAAGUCAGAGUCUCAGUUUGGUGAGGUGAAAGACUCCAGCGAGGGAGCCCCUCCACAGCCUGCUGCCCCAGUGUCUAUGGCCAACAACCCCUCCAUGGAUGUGGCCCAUCUCUCCUCCUCUGGUGGCUACAGUUCUCCUCCUUCCUCCCUGUUGGCCUGGAAACAGCUGACAGGCACCAUCCCUCAGCUGUCGGCUUCGAUGCCCAACCUGCCAGCGAACUCCACUCUGGCCACCACCUCUUUAGAGAAUGCUAAGCCUCAAGUCAAACCUGGUUUUCUUCAGUUCCAAGAAAAUGAUCCAUGCCUGGCUACUGACUGUAAGUACUCAAACAAGUUCCACUUCCACUGCUUGUUUGGGAACUGCAAGUAUGUUUGCAAAACCUCUGGCAAGGCGGAGUCCCACUGUUUGGACCACAUCAACCCCAACAACAACCUGGUCAACAUCCGUGAUCAGUUUUCCUACUACUCUCUCCAGUGUCUCUGUCCAAACCAGCACUGCGAAUUCAGAAUGAGGGGCCAUUAUCACUGUCUGCGACCUGGCUGCUUCUUUGUCACUAACAUCACCACCAAGCUGCCGUGGCACAUCAAGAAGCACGAGAAGGCAGAGCGCCGUGCCGCCAAUGGCUUCAAAUACUUCACCAAGAGGGAGGAGUGUGGGAGGCUGGGUUGCAAAUAUAACCAAGUCAACAGCCACUUCCACUGCAUCCGUGAGGGAUGCCAGUUCUCCUUCCUGCUUAAGCACCAGAUGACGUCACACGCACGCAAACACAUGAGGCGGAUGCUGGGCAAGAACUUUGACAGAGUCCCAUCCCAGGUAAUGCCACUGGGUCGUAGAGCAGAUGAGAUGCAGCACAUGCCUGGGCCAAUGGCAGCCCAGCAUGGCAGCACACACAAUUUCUCUGCUGCGCUGGAUGAGACCGAUGACUACAUGGACUAUGUAGGAGGAGGCGGGGGCAGCCCCCUAGGCCUUUCCUCCGAGUCCUCCAACCAGGACCGCAGCUGUACCAGCACACCAGUGGGCAACGACAGCUCUCCAGCAGGACCAGGCUACCCUGCCACCUCUUCUGCACCUACCACCCCCGCUGACACUAGCGCUACCCAACAUGCACUUCCUUCUACCCCUCCUCCACCCCUUCCACCAGCACUUGCUCCUCUCCCUCCUCUGUCUGCCCCUCAGCCUGGUCUCCAGACCCAUGUCCCGUCCCUGUCCCCCGCUCUCCUCCGACCUCCUCUGCCCUCACUCCCAUACCUCCUCUCUCCAUCCUGUCUGUCAUACUCUCUGCUCAGCACCUCUCUGGGAGCCACUCGGAGUGUUGUCAUGCCAACCAACACACCAGCUUUCAGCCCCAUCAUUGCCACACCGUCUCCAGUUAGAAAUGACGUCCCUAUAGUGCAGGAUGCUGCAGGAAACACCAUCUCUAUUCCAACAGCCCCUGGUGCUAAAAAGCGAAUCUGGAUCAUUGAGGACAUGUCACCGUUCGGCAAACGCCGCAAGACGGCUUCCUCACGUAAAAUGUUGGAUGAGGGGAUGAUGCUGGACGGCUUCCGGCGCUACGACCUCUACGAGAACUGCAAGGACACCGGCUGCCAGUUCUCUCUGAAGGUCACCCACUACCACUGCACCCGUGAGAACUGCGGCUACAAGUUCUGCGGCCGCACCCACAUGUACAAGCACGCUCAGCACCACGACCGCGUGGACAACCUGGUUCUGGACGACUUCAAGCGCUUCAAGUCCUCGCUCAGCUGCAACUUCCCCGACUGCCAGUUCUCAGGCAACAGCACCCACUUCCACUGCCUGCGCUGCGGCUUCCGCUGCACCGACAGCACCAAGGUGACGGCCCACCGCAAGCACCACGGCAAGCAAGACGUGAUCAGCGCCGCCGGCUUCUGCCAGUUCAGCUCCAGCGCCGACUGCGAGGUUCCUGACUGCAAAUAUAAGCUCAAGUGCUCGCACUUCCACUGCACCUUCCCCGAGUGUAAGCACACGGUGGUGGGCAUGUCCCAGAUGGACUCCCACAAGAGGAAGCACGAGAAGCAGGAGCGAGGAGAGCUGUCGUCCGUGUCACCCAAACAGGAAGGUGCUCACCACAUGGCAGCGGCUCGCUCUGCGGUUCCUCCGGUCUCCAUGGCCCUCUCUACCUCCUCACCCGGAGGCCUCCACGGUUUGUCCCACAACAUCAACAGCAUCGCUCCCUCCAUGGUCUACCCUCUGGGGGACAUGAGCUCCGACUACAACCACACUUAUCCGCCGUCUGCCAUCAGCCUGGACGGCUCCCUCAAUCUCUGCACCGACACCAACAGCUCCCUGUUCUUCCUGAAAAACGCGUCCGGUCUGGGUCUCAACGACUCACUGGACCUCAGCAAGAAGAUUCACCACGAGGCAGUGAGAUCUGGACACAGCCCGGCGGCCUCUCUGGGUCUGGCAGUGGCUCAGGAGGACACCACGGGAACAUCUGGAGAAGCCGAAGACGACCUGUCGCCAGAGGAAGAGGUGCACGCAGAGGAGGAGGAGGAUGAUGAUGAUGAUGAUGAUGAUGAGGAGGAGGAAGAGGCGGCGGAGGAUGAUCUCAACAGUGAUUCCAAUGACGACCUAAUGCUGGAGCCGGACGGCGAAAAAGACAACGAGGAAAGUUAUGAUGCUUCCGUUAACCACACUGGUUCUUCCCAACUGGAAAAACAAGAUACUGAUCCUUGAAAAAAAUAAAAAAAUAAAAAUAAAAAUAACCAAACUGAAUGAACCAACAGCGACUGUAGGAAGUCCAGACAACCCUGUGUACUAUGAACAAACAGAAACAGCCGUGGCCUCGUCCAUCACCUUCUCAGACUCCAGCUGACAAACCCUAACCAACAGUGUGAAGAACUUGACGGCCCGCCGUGAUUUAUUAUCAUGUUUACAAGUUGACCAACGUUAGUAAUUCAAUUAUGCAUUAAAAAAUAUGAACGGAGUCACAGAAUUAGGCCCUGAUUUACACACAGGGCAGCAAUGUAAAGCAUUUUACUACACAUCAGUCUUUUUGUGUGGCUGCAUGUUUGACCUUUAAUUUAUUUUUUAUUUUCUUCACGUUUUGUGUGUGGAAAAAAAAUUGUAAGAAAAACAGAAAAACAAAUCUCUCUAUAUAACUAUAUAUGUAAGUGUGCGUGUGCGUGCGCGUGCGUGUGUGUGUGUGUGUGUGUGUGAGACGAUACUAUACAAAAAGGAAAAUGGCCGACACAGGUGACGUGAAUCACAGGGCCGUAGACAGAGGGGUGUGAAUCACUAAAGGGGAAACAGACUUGUUUCAAACAUUUAAUCUUUUGUUUUUUGUAUUAAUGUUAUAUUAUUAUUAAUAUUAAUUAUUGUGGCUAUUAAUAUUAUUAAUGACGGAGAGAAAGGGGGUGACGUUUUCUUCUUCUCGCCUCUCAGGUGAUUUUUGUUUCUUUCUUUUUUUUUUAGUUCUCAGUGACAUUUGGAAUCGACCAGUAACUGUUUUUUCUUUCUCAGUCUCAGCUGCGGUCGGGCGUCCAGCCUGUUCUCGCUGACGUUCUGCUACAAAUGUUCCUCUAGCACCAAAUCCAAGCUCAGUCCUCAUCAUCAUUAAUGUUAUUAUUACUAUUAUUAUUAUUAUUUCCUUCGCCCCCCGUCGAGAAACCGAGUUAGUGUGUGGUUCGUGCACUUUUGAUAUUAACUGACCAUAACAACAGCGGUGAUGACAGAAUUAAAACAAACAAAACAAACUCAAUAUUUUUGUUACCAUUUGCAUCUUUGCAUUACAGCGUCGUUCUGUUGUGUUGUCGGACAGAGGCGUAUCGAUCCGUUAGCAGGCGAGGUCGUGAUUAAUGGCCUGCGUGUUGAGGCUCGAGGGCGGGACUGCAAGUGGGUGGUGGAGGGGUGAGUGUUUGAGACUGACCGGAGGAAACAAUGAGGCAGUCAGGAGCAGCGAGGACGACGACACAGGAAGAAGUGUCUGGACGCCGUGUGUUUUACUAUGAAAAAAAAAAUAUGUACAGACCGAAAAGAAAAAGAAAAAAAAUGUCAACUGGCAUUUUUUUUGUUUGUUUGUUUUCCACUCUGACUGUGGUUGAGCUCCUGUUAUAACGGUUUUUAUUUAAUAUUUAUGUGACCUUCCAAUGAGAACAUUUUUAGGGUGUUAUUGCACUUUUUAGGUUAAUUUUUACUGUCUGAAAAAAAUAUGAUAUAUAUCUUCUAACAGGGAAUUUGCUUUAAACAUGUUAUUUUAGUUCACUUUUUUUUUGCUUUGAUGCACAAAUAGUUGUUAGUGUGACAAAGAACUGUUGUUCUGUGCUUUAUUUAAAGACUGGCUUUUUUUUGCGUUUGUAAUUGGACAUUUUUGAAAAAGGAAAAAAAGGCACAUCAUAAAAAAACGAUGUCCCCAUCAGAAACACUAAUACUGACUGUGAUUUAGAAGAACUCUUCAUGAUCUCAAAUUAAAUUAUGAAUCUGUUAAAAAAAAAAAAAAAAAAAAAAAAUCCUGGUUUACACAGUGCAAAUAAUUGUGUUUGGCCCAGGAGUGAACACACUCUGAUCAUGAAGUAUCUCCUGAGCUUGGCAUUGGAAAUAAAUGAACAUUACUAAGGGAAUAGUGACGAGUGUGUCCAUGACUUUCCUCCUCACAUUGUAAUGACUCAAAAAAAAAAAAAAAAAAAAAAAAAAAAAA